AUGGAAGUUCACCUGACGGCCCCUUCCCCUAAUCCUAAAAGCAGACCGGCGGGACCUCAACGAACACCUACAGCACCAGAACUUGCUGCCGCGCUUCGGCAAGUGUCAAUUCUUGACCAUCGUCGUGAACUACGUGUGGAAGAUACAUCAGAGGGAGCCGGGAUCGAUGGUCUAGGCAGAGUACGAUCUGGUUCAAGCACGACAACCUCACCGACCAGGAGGAGAAGAUCCGAUGCCAUCCGGCAAAGUAUUCCUUCCGGUGCAAGAUGGCGGAUGUACCUUAUGCAAGAGGUUGCAGGGGAUAGAUUUCUCGAAGCACAAUUGCUCCUCAUGACUGUCGCUACAGGAUGCUUGGACGUCAUGACCUACACCACAUAUCGCGUCUUCACCUCGAAGCAGACCGGCAACACCCUCUUCCUCGCAACCUACGCCCUCGACAGGGGCUCUCUAGACCCCGGAUUCGAAUUGAACGUCGGAGUGAGCAUGACCAUGUUCAUCGCCGGCGCCAUCAUCUUUGGUCACGCAGGCCACUAUUCCAACCAACGACGACGAAUCUGGCUCCUCGUCUCCAGUUUCUUCCAAUUAGUCCUCAUCCUCGCCGCCGCAGCCAUCCGGUAUUUCGUCUCGCGGGAAUYCACCGGUCCCGGGGCCGUCGCCAUCAACGCUCUCCUAGCAUUCGCAAUGUCCGGCCAAAUCUCCACAGCAUUACACGUUAAAAUGCCAGAUGUCAAUACAACGAUGAUUACAGGCGCUUUGAUAUCCCUGUGUACUGAGCGGAAUAUCUUCAAGCUGAGAUGUCCAAGACGUGAUCGAUUGCUUGCGUUUUUCUUCAGUAUGGUUGCGGGAUGUUUCUUCGGGGCUACUAUACUACAUUUCUCAACUCCGUCUGCGGCGCUUGUGGCGGUGGCUUGUACCAAGGGAUUUAUCAUGCUGACGUUUUUGUGCAAUCGGGGGUUGGUUAAGAGGAGGUUGGACACGGAUGGGCCGAGAUGUGAUGGGUUGAAGGAGACGGGUGGGGCGAUAACGCCUGUUUCGAGGAUUCUAUGGGGUGAUUGA